AUGGAUCAGGGAACGAAACCAGGCUAUGAACCAGAUCGGAUUCCACCGUCGGUUUUCGCAACCACAAUGGCUGCUAAACAAGAAUGGAGUACUCAAUCUAACGAUUUGUUUAGUAUUCACAUGGGAGAUCAAAGUUUCACUAAAAUGUAUAAAUCUGGAGAACUCUCCAAUUUCGAUUAUACUGCUUCGUAUAUUAACAAUAACAACAACAUUGAUAACAAAACUAAUUUGACGGACGCUGGAACCAAAGAGGUGAACGUCCUCGAAGCGGAAACCAAAUCAGAAACCGUUAAUCGAGAGGGCCUAACCAAUGUAUCUAAACUUGAUCAACCUCCACAACGUCAGUUAAGUCCGACCAAGUCUUAUCACUCUGACACCAGUAAUAACAGCGCAGCUUCUUUUGCAUUUCCCAUAUUACCAGAGUCCCAACAAGAUCCAAAGACGGCACUUACGGUGAAGGAUGAAAGUGGUGAAACGGAUAUAUCAAGACCAGACCCUUACUCGGAUGAUCCCAAACAAGGGAACGAUGGUGGCUGGCUUUCUUGUUUUUCAUGUUUCUCGGUGAAAAGUUGA